AGAAAUUUUAAAACAUUUUUCAUUAUAAUUUUUAAAACGAGUUUAGUUUAAAAAAUAAAAAAUUGAAUUAGUUACUGAACAUUUAGAAAACUAACAGACUAAUAUAUUAUCAAACAGUCCUACAUCAUUAUGUACUGGAAAUUGAAAUUUUGAUUGUGAUUGAAUUGUUUUGCUGUUAUGACUCAUAACUAUGACGAAUGGUAAAAUGUUUUCAUUAUAUACAAUAUGGUUAUACUUUUCAAUGAACGAACUAAGAUCGAAUUUGACAACUAUUAGUGUCGUUUUUCUUUUUGUAGUUGUUAGAAUCAAAAUUGAACCAACCAAAAUCAAUAAAUCUAUCUAAUAAGAUUAGUUUUUUAUAUAUUAAUAUUUUAUAAAACUGAACCAGGCUACCUAACAAGUAUAUUUUGAACCAAUCAAGACGACUUAUUCAGAAACUUUUCACAUCAAGUAGAAUGACUUGGAAAUUGGAAGUCAAAAGAAUUUACCUUUUCAGAUGGUUCUAUUUGGGACGUAAGCUAACUACAUAAUCCUAAAUGGCCUAAAGGGUAAUUCAGAAAAGAAUUGAAUAUUUUUCAUGCUCUCUAUAUCAAACAUGAAACUUAAUCUUGGAUUAUUUGGCUGAGAAUUAGAGAAAUAAUUAGUAUUUUAGUUCAAUGGUCAUUGUAUACUCUUUCCCUUAAGAUUGGAAGUUCAAAUCUGGAUGCCACACCUUAAGUUUCAGUAAAGUUUGUAACCUCCAAGAUACAGCCGUAAUCGAUUUGAGCUUUGCUGAAGCCUUAUUUCAAGCAUUCUAUCUUCUGAAAGUGGUUGCUGAGGUAGUUGAACAUCAAAACCAAACUCAUGGCUCUCUUUAAGUCUCUUCUAUAAAUUACUUCAUCAUCUUUUCCUCUUCAUUGCAACCAACUUCCAAGUCCAAAACAUCCCUACGUUAGCAUACGCUUCCUAAAGAACUAUCCCAAAUGGCCUCAUUCGUUCUCCUCACUCGAACAAUUCCGUUGCUCGCUGUAGCUUUUGCAGUAGUAAUUCUUCCAGCUUCAGGCCAAAUCAAUUCACCCUGCAGUCCCUCCAUCAUCGCCCGCUUCACUCCUUGUAUGAACUUGCUCACAAACAGCACAGCAAAUGGCACUUCACCAACUGCUGACUGUUGUGAUUAUCUAAGGUCGCUCACCGGCUCAGGAAUGGACUGUCUCUGCCUCAUUGUCACUGCAAGCGUUCCCUUCCAACUACCCAUCAAUCGAUCAUUGGCGAUUUCUCUUCCUCAAGCUUGUAACAUGCCCGGCGUCCCUGUUCAAUGCAGAGCCUCUGCUGCUCCUAUUCCAGCUCCAGGUCCUAUUCCACUUGGUCCAGCUCUUUCUCCUGAAGCUUCACCAUCUCCACAAGGUUCUGGCAUCCCUCAACCUGUCACGCCUGCUCAGUCACCGGAAACAGACACUACUGAGUUUCUAACUCCGCCUUCAACUGAGGGAGGAGCUGAAACUCCAACCUCAACCACCGAUGCUGGCAAUGGGAUUUCACCGGACCUGACUCCCUCAUCUAGCACCAUGCCUUCUUACAACUUCCACCUUCUGGCGUUGGCAUUAAGCUGUGCGGCUUUGAAGCUAAGCUAGAUGCAUAUAGAAAAUUUGUCGAUUUAUUGGUUCCUCCAAGAUAUAUCUUUGUUGAUUUAUUUGUAAAUUGUGGGGUUAUUCUUUUGAGUGGAAUGGUUUCAUGAGGAUUUUGGGCUUUGAGCUGAUUGUUUGUAUACCUUAAUAACAGAUAUAGAGUGUUGUUAAAUUCUUCAA